UUUGUUCUACUUAUCUUUCAAUCUUCAAAAAUUUAAUUUAACUGAACUGUUCUCUUUUUAUGGAACGGGGCUAAAAUACCUUUCCUUUUCUUUCUAGGGAAGAUAAUCCCACGUAAAUGGAAAGAAAAGUAUCAGAGUUUCAUCAAAUGAAAAACCAAACGACACUUUUAAUUCAUGAUACUUAUUGUAAGCAAUUAAAAAGCCAAUCAAUCGAUGCAUCAAUCAAAAAUUUUAUUUAGAAAGUGCAGAUGAAAACCUCCACACCCAGAGAUCAUUUUCAUUUAGGAAAUUAUUUAUAGUACAUGUCUAGCAGAAAAAAAGUGGCAUCCUUGUCGUAGGCGAGCACUUUGAGCAGUUCUAUAUAAUCUAACAAGUUUCUUGCCAAGAGCAAGUUGCAGUAAUCACGGAUGGCGAUCAGCACCAGCGUCUCCAUCCUUUGCAGCUUUGAUGGUGUGACGGACAGGAAACAAAAUCCUGCUUAUGACAAAGUAGUUUUAUCACUUUCAAUAGUAAUUGCUGUCCUGUCGCCAAUAACAGUGGCAGGAAAUGCUUUAAUUGUGGCAGUAAUUUGGAGGAAUCGGACUUUGCGAACUCCUUUCUACAUGUUCCUUUGUGGAUUGGCUAUAACAGACCUAUCCACAGGACUUAUCACUCAGCCAUUUUAUGUUGCAUCCCAGUUUAUUUGUUCAGAGGGGCCCCACGAACUCGAAGACGACCAAACGUUUCUCGUUUUAGCGAGGGUAAUCACUGGUGGCUUUGGAAGUUACUUGGUAUACGUGACAGUCCUGAUUCUCACAUGCAUGUCGAUUGAAAGAUGGUUGCAGAUGAAGCGGAGAUUCUUGGUUAUUCAGCGUCGAGCACGUUUUAUUGUCGCUGGGAUAGUUCUCGUUCCGAUCCCAAUCUCUGUGUUUCGUGCGUUAAACAUCUUAACGGGUAGCUAUGAACAUGUCUUGACAGUUACCUUCGCCUUGUUACUGCUUUGUGUCAUUGCCAUAUCGACAUCCUCUUUUAAGGUUUUCCAAAUUAUUCGAAGUCACCAACAACAAGUCCAAGCCAGAGAAACGCGUCAGAUUUCAGGUCAACCGACAAUAAACUUGGCAAAAUACAAGAAGUCUGUGUUUUCUAUUCUGUACAUUGUGUUAUUAUUUUACUUUAGUUAUUUGCCUUUUAUUGUCUUUUUCGGAAUCUAUCGUUCUCUUAAAAGUCACCCUGUGGUAGAGCUAGUUUAUGUAAUGUCGUUGAAUUCUGUGUUUUUGUCUUCUGCACUAAAUCCUCUUAUUUACCUUUGGAGGAUGAGCGACAUUCGAAAUGGACUGAAACAAUUAAUUUGGAGGUAAAACUAGCGAGACAACGGCUCUAACUUACGCUUUUGAAAAGGAAGGUUCAUAAAUGGUUUUACAAAAGCAAUCCAUAUCAUAAGGUGACUAAUCUUCUAGUGCUGAUCUGCAAGACUCUGCUUAUACAACAAGGUUUAACAAUUUUUACGGUGUCCUUGUUGCAAAUUUCUUGUGAAAAUUGUGGAAGGUAUUAAAGUCAUUGUGUAAUAAUAAGAAAUACCAAAAAUUGUACAUCGCACAUCUUCAAAAUAAAAGAAAUUGGAAAUAGUGUCUUUGAUGAAUUUAUUAUUCCUUAUUGAAAUGUC